AAAAAAAAAAAAAAAAAAACAGUGUAGAUUUCAACUUCCAUCUAAAAGUGCUCCCUUCCUCUCCCUUGCUACUCCGCUCCCUCCUUCCUCUACAGAUUCAAUUUCCUCCUCUCCCAUCCCAAAAAGCUUAUCCUUCUUCUCUCUUUUGCUUACUUUACUCCAUUCAGCGGCGGCUGUUGCUCUCUUCAGUGUCGUCUGGACGCGCCGAGCAUUUCAUAGCCGGGGUUGCUUUUCUCUCGUUAACGGGUUACGAAUUUGUCGCAUGGUAGCGGAUCAAACAGGAGCAAUAUCUUCUGCAGAGCAGACUAUCGGUUGUAGGUUGUUCCACGUAUCUUAGAUUUCAUCUUAAUAUGGAGGCCCAAAUUCAUCACCUUGAGCAAGAAGCUUACAGUGCAGUGCUGCGUGCUUUCAAGGCUCAAUCUGAUGCUCUUACCUGGGAAAAGGAGGGUUUGAUUACUGAACUUCGCAAAGAGCUCAGAGUAUCAGAUGAUGAACACAGAGAACUUCUCGCCCGAGUUAAUGGGGAUGAUGUCAUCCGUCGUAUAAGGGAAUGGAGAACUACAGGUGGGAAUGAACCUACUAGGUUUGUGCCGCCAAGGGGUCAUGACAUGGUACCCAGCCCUACCAUGUCUGGUGCCCGUAAAAGGCAGAAGAUAUCUCAAGGGGGUCACAUACUUCCUACUUUAUCCUCUGUGAAGGCUAUGCAGCUCCCCUCACAGUUUGCUACUCGACCUAGGUACUUUACUACACACAACUCUCGCAGUUCUUCUGGUGCACUUGUGGUGGAUGAACCUCCUGAAGCACUGCUCGGGCGAAAGGUUUGGACUAGAUGGCCUGAGGACAAUCACUUCUAUGAGGCUGUCAUAACGCAAUAUGACUCGUCUCAGGCCCGACAUGCUCUCGUGUACGAUAUGGGCACAAAGGAUGAGACAUGGGAAUGGGUUGAUCUGAACGAGAUAUCUCCAGAGGAUAUACGAUGGGAUGGAGAGGAUCCAGCAAUUCUAUAUCGUGGUGGACAAGGUGGUGGUGGUGGUAGCCGUGUGAUGAGGAAAACCAUAAGCCAUGGUGGUUUUGUCCCACCGGGUUCCGUUCCAGUGCGGGGUUCGACAAAGUUCCCCUCUAGAAGGGAGCUUUUAGUAGCACGCAAUGGUGUUGCUGCGAAAGUUUCUGAUGAAAUUGAAUUACUGAACACCGAGACACUAGUUAAGGAGGUUGAAAAGGUUUUCGGAGUAAGUCAACCAGAUCCAAUUGAGCUUGAGAAAGCCAAAAUGAUGCUAAAAGAGCAUGAACAGGCACUUUUGGAUGCAAUCGCAAGGCUAGCAGAUGCAUCUGAUGGUGAAAGUGAUGGAGAACAGCACUUCAUACACGGGCAACCUAUGGAGCGUUAGUGAGGUUUGAAGAAACCAUUUCUCAGGAGGCAGAAGAUAUGUCAUAGCUGAAAGCAGCACCUGAUGACGCUGUCGAACUGGAAAUUAAAGAGGGAGAAGGAAAAGGUGAAUCAACCAUCGCUAGUGGUUGGCUGCCAGUUUUCCUUUCAUCUUCUAACCUGUUGGGUUGUAAAGAAUUCCAUCUGUUUCCUUCCACCUUGUACCAUACCCUUACUUUCCAUUUAACAUCUUGUUCUGCAGAACGUGCUGAUAGUUAGGAUUAGUGAGGAUAAGAAAUGUUUAGGGCUAAUCUAGAUUUGUACAACUUCCCAUGGCAGGCAAUAGAGAAUUUGACUUCGAAUGAUUCUGAAAUUGCUGACUUCUCUAAUGUCUCUCAGAUGUGCACUUUUUCUUUAACCCAGAACCCAAAGAACGUUACUUUGAUUAUUGAGCAAUGCAACUUUCAUACAGGAAAAAAGCCAUGACUUUUUACAGCGUUUCAUGGAACUCUACAAUCAAAUUGACCAUGACGGAAUCGAAAGCAGGGCCUUCUACUUCAAAAUGACCAGCUCCUUGUAUCAGAUGCAUCUCUGCUCUGCCAUCGCAGCUCUUCACCUUGCUCUUCAGCUGCCGCACGCUGGUGAACCAGUCUGCACUCCCCAUGAUGAACAGCUUCGGCUUCCUUGCCUUCAGCGUCGGCUUGUAGUGCUUCCCAAACAGGAACGAAGCCGCCAAUCCGAAAGGAUAGCCUAUGCUCACAUAUCCCACCACUUUCUCCAGGUGAUCCAGCGCCGAGCCGGCAAUUGGAGCUCCUGCGGAUGACCCGACAAGCAGGAUCCUGUCGACAGGCAAGUUGUCGGAAACCCAAUUGCAGACAGCCACGACAUCCUCGAUUUCGGGGAUCCCGGUGAUGGAGGACUUCCCUGUUGAUCUUCCAACGCCUCUCAUGUCGAAUGUGACCGCGGUGAACCCUUUGAUGGAGAGCCUGGAGGCAAUACCGUGCAUGAUGACCUGGCAGCCGCCGAGUUUCGAGUAAGGAUGGACCAGAACCACCGCGGUGGCGAAUUGGGCGGAGGUGGGCUUGAAGAGCCUGGCAUGGAGGACGACCCCGUCUCGCGUGGAGACGAAGCACGACUCCAUGGCGCUCCUCGGAGGUGUCAUCGAUGAGGAAGACGAUGAGGAGGGGGCGUCUGGAGAGAUUCUAGAGGGCUGUAGCCAUGGAUUCCUUAUGAUUAUUAUGAAAUGUUACAUGGAGAGGUGUUCUUGGGGGUGGGUUUGAAGAGGUUUUUGCUGUUGUUGUAAGGAUGUUUUGUUUGGAAAGGUUUGGUGAAGGAUAUGAUAUGGGUUUUAAUGUGUGGGGAUGAAGCUAAA